AUGGAAUCGACUGUGCGAGACAAGUGCUUUGGCACCUGCGUGACCAAGCCGUCCAGCAGCUUGAGCAGCAGCGAGCAGCAGUGCUUGGCACGGUGUUGUGACCGAUACGCUGAGGCCACCCAGGUCGUCACCAAGGCUACCCUGGAGAUGAAUGGCUACCAGUGA